UUUGACAAAAAAACUCCAGAUAACAUCACUGGGUGUCACUAGCGCCUAUGGUUUUACGCAAGGUUUCGAAUUCAACCAAUUCAACUUCCCACACAUUUUAAACAAUUAUUUUAAUGUAAUAAUUAAACUGACUAUAGAAAAACAUAAAUAUGGCAGGUGGGAAAAAUAGUCAAACUGGAUUUCAGCCGGAUUCUGAUGUUCAUAUUACCUACGAGGAGCAACAGAAGAUUAAUAAAUUUGCCAGGCAAAAUGCAAAAUUGGAAGAUUAUAAAGAAGAACUUAGAGUAAAGCAGAACGAAUUGAAGAAUUUGGAGGAUGCUUCCGAUGAAUUAGCUCUUAUGGACGACGAUGCAAAAAUACCAUAUUUUAUUGGAGAAGUGUUUAUCUAUCAUAGCCUUGAGAAGACGCAGAAUUCUUUGGAAGAUGCUAAAAGUAAGAAAAAAGAGGAUAUUGCGAGAUUAGAAAGUAAAUGCGCAGAUUUGAAGACUAUCAUGACUGAGUUAAAAACACAAUUAUAUGCCAAGUUUGGUAGUCGUAUCAAUUUAGAAUCCGAAGAAUCGGAUUAAUAUUUCUCUUUAUGCAUUUAUUAUUAUCAUUUACCAUAUUUAAUAUUGAAAGUACUUCAGCAUUAAUAUUAAUAUUCACCAAUGCAAUUCUAUUCAUUUGAAUUUAUAAGCAAUUUAAUUUAUAAACAAUUAUGUAUUUACGUUGCUACAUUUCUAUGACGCAAUUUCUCUUAAUGUAAUAUAAAAUAAAAUUUAUUGAAUACUUUCUGGAAAUAUAUAAUAAUAAAUCUUUUUUAAAGAGUUA